AUGCCACGACCCGUUGACAAAGACCUGGCAAGUCUCACCGUUGUGCAGCCUCCUCAAAUAACAGCUGCCGAAGACUCUCGCGAAGAGCUACCGGUCGAAGGCAAGAAGAAGCGUCAGCCCCGCAGGAAAUCGCACUCCCGGAAGAGGUCCACCGCAGAAGUACCUAGCCAGGAAUCUGCGGCUGUAACAGCGGAUCAGAGCCCAAGAAGGGAGGUCACUGUGGAAGCACGUGGACGCGAGGAAGAGCACGAGGUGGGAGCGGUCGCAUCUGCAGCGGAGCAUACCGAGCAAAUUUCCAUUGGUGCUGCGCCAACUGCCGUUAUCUCAUUGCCACUUAAUGCGUCGAGACCGGUGUCGAAUGCACACGAAACGGUGCCCCAGCGCCUCUCUACCACUGCCAAACAGAGCAUGGUUCCAACCUGGCAUCCGUCAUACACGACCAGCGCUGCACCUGGCGCGGAGAUUCAGCCGCCGAGUGUUUCAUCAAGCAACGCCAGCACGGAGCAGGAAAAACAACGUCAAGGAUCUGUGUCGGACGGAUCGAGGCUCGCGCCGAAGGUUUCGGCACGCAAAGUCAGUGUGGAGAGUCGAAUGAUAAGAGGGUCCAGGUCCACAACGGAAGGGCUCAAGUCACAGAGCCCGGCCACGCCGAGGUUUUCCAGCUUGGCCAAGAAGGACGGUGCGACCAGCACCACUCGCUGGCCUGAAGAGGACAGUGAGAUGGGUUCUAGCUCUGGCAGCAGUACGGGCGAUAAGUACACCCAGACGGGGGACGUCAUAGUGUAUCCCAGAAGAUCCCCUUUCGACAGCAGACGGCCGGAAGUGACGAAAUUCGUGUCCCCGGACGAAUCGCUGAGUGAUAUUCUCUAUGACCGUGGCGUGACUUCACCUUCUCCGACUACAGCAUCGUGGAGCUCAUCCUAUCCAGCUCGGUCACGAGAGGCUAGCAUGUCUGAAGGGCCCGCGACGACAUCCCGAUUUAUACGAAAGAAGGCAGCGGGAAAAGAACGUGAUUCUGAUUCCAUUAGGGAUAUGUCAGGCAGUGAAAGUAUAAUUUCGUUUAAGCAGCCUGCAGUGAAACAAGAGAAGUCAGAUAUCCCAGCUUUGCCUGAAAAAAAGCCCAUGCAAAAGUGUCCCGCUCCACGCCGAGAUACUGACGUAGUGGACAUGGUCAAGGAUUCGUUGAUGGAGAAUGCCACCGCGCGGUCUGGUGAAGGCUGCCAUUACGUUGAGCGUCAGAUUGGCAGCAUAACGUCACCAAAGGUGGCCCUAAAUAUACGUAAACCAACAUGCCACGAAGUGGGGGCAAACGUUCAGGCUGGUGUCGAAGUUGGCGAGGUGGAGGAGUUUUAUGAAGAGGUUGCCGAAGAGGUGCUGAACGACUCAAGGAGACUAAGCACUGGAUCCAGCAGCAGAGAGCGUUUGAACAUAUCGAAAUUGGCUGCCGUUUCUGAUGAACAUGCGGAGAAAGAUGGCCAACAAGGAACAGACGUAUUGAAAGGAAACAAGAAAAAUUGUAAGAAGUAUUUCAGGAGGGAACGACAAGGAGACUUGGUGAGCUUUACAGGCCAAGUGAAUGCAAGUGAUGCCACAAAUAAGACACUGCCAACUUCUGUGACGGGAGAAGAACCGAAUAGCCGCAACACCUUGCCGGACAUGGUCAGUCACACAGAAACAAGUAACGAGCAUAGUCGUAGAAAGGAAGAACAUGGCAAACUUGACGAAGGCUCUUCCACGUCGCGUAUGACCAGCGGGCAACACGGUGAAACCCCGGCUAACACUGUCGUUCCGCCUUCUUCGCAGUCAGCCUGCGUUCAAUGCACUCGCAAAAGCAGUAAAAAUGUUGGCGAAGCUCUCGAAAUACCCGGGAAUUGUGGUAAAAACAGAAACGCGGAAACUUCGGCCUCGAAAAGUGCUCCUCACGAAUUUCGAUUUGAACAACAGGCAGACACACUUUUGGAAGUCCAACCUUACUCGGUGGCUAAGAGGCCGUUCGGCUGCAUUUGCGACGGUUUUCAAGGCUACUCACCAAGUGAAUUCUUAUACAGUCCGCCAAGCUCUCCCUUCCAGUUCGGCGAAGCCGCAAUCUCUAGCCCGAAGUGGUCCAACACACCCAUACCAGGGACCACUCAGGUGUUUGCAGGGCCAUGGCCGCUUCUCGACCCACAGAGUACUACAAGCAGACCGAAUACCGAAAGUAGGCGUGACAAUCAAGGUACGCAAAUUCCCCGCGCUGCCUGGUUCAGAAACUUGAACUUCCAAGCGGUCAUGAAGGAUCGAGCCAUGCCACUGGCAGGUUACGAGAACGUUUGCAUCCGUGCAGAGAAAGCGGUGGCCAACGAGUCUCGUUCCAAGGACUCUCGUUCCAAGGGUACGCUGAACGACUUUGCCACUGGUACAACCAGACACGGAGCCCAGAGAGAUGCGACAUCGAGGCGUUCCAUCUCGAGAGACCCAAAGCAACACCUAUUAAUUGAAACAGAUGACUUUACCGAACGCACACCGCAGGCAUCUAGAAAAGACUCAACCGCAUCAGUUGCUUCUGGACGACUUCAAAUCUCCAGGAAAGCCUCGACUGCUUCCAUCGACGCCGGAAUAAGUCAGGCAUUGAGAAAAGACUCAACAGCCUCCAUUCAAAUGGGAAUACCUUACGCUUCACGAAAACCUUCGACAGCUUCUGUUGACUUCGCAAGACUUCAAACUGGCAGCAAAUCCAGCACCCGCAAGACGACUUCUACUGAACAAGAAACGCCUUGUUCGACAUCUCGCUUGCGAUGUGGCCAAAGUUCCCCUGCCAGACGUUGCCAGAGUCGCAAAUGUCAUCACGGAGGACGCCACUCUUGCGGAGGCCAUAGCCACUGCCGUACUGCCAAAGGCCUCGACAACCCACCGUCCGCACCUGAAGAACCGAUGACCACCGUAGAUGGGAACGACGCCGCGUUGGUCCGGUUGGAACAGCUUCUGCGUGAAGAAAACCGCCUGCUCCGACAAGAGAAGCAGCGACGAGAGGGGCAGUUGAGGCUGCGGUCGUUGCUGGAAGAGCGAGACCAGCUUCUGUCCGCCCUUAGGGGCCCCACGGAGGACGGUCAGGAAGCGCAGAAUGCCCUGAGAGAUCAGGCUAAUGCUGUGUCUAAGGCACUCGCCGCGCUUGACCUGACGUCUGGUAGCCCAGCCUGCCGACCCUACAGUCAACGCGGGGCGAAAGGCGUCGGCCCUAUUCGCGACGACAAUUUGCAGGACAAAACAGCAUGUUCGGCGAGGAACAAGUCUGGAGCCCCGACUCAGGCCGGAACGAGCUCUGACUCUUCGCCUGGCAAAGCGGCACAGCGCCUCCAGGGUAGCUCACGGAACUCUAAGCGAGGGAAGCCAUAGCACCUCAUCCACACCACAAAGAUGCGGUUGUCCUGAUGACGCUAUCGAGUUUAGUACCAAGCGCCUCGCUUGUCUACGCACCGAGGACGUGUGGUAAAGCCCGUGAACGUGACGGCGUUUCAUUUUAGCGAGCCUCUCGCUUCAUGGCUAAUAACACCUUCUUAAGCUUGUCA